CAUCUCAAUCAGCGCCUGAGGCUUCAAAUCACUUAUACCUGGCUGUGGCAACUGCUGCUCGAUCUAAAGGAGUUUGUGAUCGGUCGACCAAAACUUUGGAGAUUCAGUAGUCGUGUUAUCAUCUCUAACUUCACUUCACUUGCAGCCUACCCUCUCGACCAACUUCCUACCUAUUCCCACUGCGGCGCAUCCUUCGCCAUCACCUGCAAGUGGAGUGGACGAGUGGCUGCUGGGGACAUUGCGAAAGGAUACAACUCUAGGAAGCAUAAUAAACAGAGCGCAUCAUGUCCAAAACCUCGGUGGGUGACGUCUAUGCGAAGGUCAUCAACGAUGUCUGCGAAUCAUCACGACAAGACUUUGAAGAGGGUGGUGUUGAGCUGGCAACAUUGGACUUGUUGAGAUCGGAAUGGCAGAAGAAGCUUUCAGGACUCAAGGUCGCCCAACUGCCAUGGGAUCCUCCUCCAGUGCCGACCAAGGAACAAACACUUCCCAGCAACGCCAAACCUAUUCCCACAACGCUGCCCAGCAAUGGCAAUAUCCGUAGUCCUCCACCUCAACCAUCUGUCCCUUCACAGCCCGUCAUCAAGACCGAAAACAAUGUCGCUCCCCCGUCAUACCCCCCUCAACCUCAACAGCUUCCGCCCCCUCAGUCAUACCAGGCUCCUUCAUUCCAGCAAGGUCAACCAAUGACAGCGCGCGACCGGGCAGCCAUGAACCUCCAUCAGACCUACGGUCCACGGGCAGGGCCUCAGAUCGCUCAGCUCCAAUCAAAUCAGUCUCGUGUCCCCCUACCGCCUCAGUCAAACCCAGCUUCCAACUACAUCAAACAGGAAGACUCGCUAUCAUUCCCCAACGUCCAAGAUUACACAACCUCACAGGUCAGCGAACCACUCAAAUCCAGUCAAACCGACGGUGCCAGCGAGCCCCGAGAUGACUGGACCGCCGGAUAUGCCCAGCGAAAAGCGUUCUCUGCCACACACGGCGCCGACGGUGACCGUCUCAUGCGCGAACACUUCCGAUCGUCCCAACAAGCCCUGGAAGGCGGUGGUCUCCUCGUGACCCUCGACGACCGACACGUGCCUAGUAAAUCGACCAUGCGCCAUGUCAACAGCCUCGCAGGAGAACCAUCGUCAGCACCCACACCAUCAAGCAUCACACGUGCUCAGGGCGACGCAGCAGGCGAUGAUGACGAUGACGUCGAGGACGAAGACGCUAUCAACUCCGACCUCGACGACCCGGAUGACCUGGCUGCCAACGCAGAGAACGGCGAGGAGACAGACCAGGUCAUGUUGUGCACGUACGACAAGGUCCAGCGAGUCAAGAACAAGUGGAAGUGCACUCUGAAGGAUGGUAUCUUGAGAGUCGAGGGGUCCGAAUAUGUCUUCCACAAAGGCAACGGCGAGUUUGAAUGGUGAUAAUGCUCCGAACGAAGAGCCGUCCGCCAUGACCUACCCUCGUGGCUCCGACGGACGCUGUGCAGGGAUGCGAAAAGACGGACACAAUUGUAACUCCUCCGGACAAGCCGGUGGUGAGGUCGGGCCUUACCUGGUCGCUCUAGCAAGUCCAGCGUGACCAGAGACGAUAAGAGCUUUAAGCAGUGUUGUCAGAGUAUGAAUACUAAGCACGUCUAUUCCCCUAGGCAGUCGGGCUGUGCUAUGCGAGACAAGACGUGAAAUGAUUUUCAGGAAAGGCGCGGAAGAUGACGGCUUAAACCUCGAUGCGGGCUGAUGAUCAUUGGCAGGGGUUGGAAGAAAAGCGUGCUGCUUCGAUGUGCAUGUUGACGUGAGUAAUGGGACGCGGGAAUGAUAUCCUUGCUUUGUGCUCUACUCCGCUUUUUGUUGAUGGUAGGAAAAUCGACCUUAUAUCCAAAAUUCAAUUUUUGCAAACUACAUGUUGGGUGUCUAUGUGAACAGUCUUAUAAUAUAGGCAAACCAAUAUUAUUGUGCAACUCCUCUAGAGGGAGGCUUUUCC